CAACAGUCGAUAGAACACAACAGACCCGAGCAGUGGCUUAUUUAAAAUAACGUGUCCUCUAGCCCAGAGACUUCAGUUCCUGUUCAGCACUUGUCGGUUACGUUUGCAGUAAACCGAACAGCACCCAGCAAGGAAGUUAAUAUCAUCAGCCACCACCAGAGUUCCAAGUUCAGAUUGAGUGUUCCAGUGAGGCAGAGCCGCCAAAAAAAAAAAAUCAGCGUCAACACCAACGACAGCGACAGCGUCACACAAAAAUAAAAAUAACAACCAACGAUAUCUGAGAUACCGGAGUCCAAAGCGACGAACGAGGAACGAGGAACGACGAUCGAAGAUCGAAGAACCAGUUGACAAGUGCCCAAACAUAUCCAACGCAUAAAAGGACAGGAAACUCACCCGCAAACUGCAAAUUGCAAAUUGCCAAAUUGCCACAAGGAACUCUCAGACCAGCAGAAGAAGCCAAGCCUUUCGAUUGAGUGGAAAGAUGUCGGACAAGUAUCAGGACAAGAAGAUCGAAACAUCUGUGGCCGUGACCCUGCACGAGGAUGCCCAGGGGGCCAGCUGCAGCUUUGGCAACGGUGACGGGGCCGCCGGAGCCGCCGGAGGAGCUGCAGGAGCAGCUGGUGCCGAUGAAGCCGCAGGAGCCCAUGGCGGCGCCGCAGCAGCCGACGGAGGAGCCGCUGGCGGCCACACUGGAGCCGCAGGUGCCGACAGAGGAGCCGCAGGAGCCCACGGAGGAGUCGCAGAUGCCGACGGAGGAGCCACGGGUACCGAGGUAGGAGCGGUGGCUGUUGCAGUUCCAUCCGUGGUGGUGGUGCAAGGUGGGGAUGUGGAUGCGGAUCGCGACAGGGAAUCGCACAGCGACAGGUCGGCCGCCAGGGACGAGCUUGGAACGCAGCGCGUCUACAAGAAGACAUCGCCGAACUGCGUGCUUACGUUGUAUUUGCCGACGCGCGAGAUGACGCUCACCGGGGACAAGGCGGCGGUGCUGCGUGGCAUUCUCUUCGUGGACCCAAAGGCCAUCCAGGGAUAUCGUGUGUAUGCCCAGCUAACGCUGACCUUUCGCUAUGGCCGCGAGGAUGAGGAGGUUAUGGGCCUGCGUUUCUGCAACGAGGCCAUCAUGUCGCUGCAUCAGAUCUGGCCACGCCUCCAGGAGCCAGCCCCGGAAUCGCUUAGCCCCUUGCAGGAGGCCCUUAUGAAGCGUCUAGGAGCUGGCGCCCACGCCUUCACUUUAGUGCUUAACGCUCACUCGCCACCGAGCGUUCAGUUGGUUCCGGCCAAGCGCUAUUAUGGGGCUCCAAUCGGCACCAGCUACGAUGUGCGUUGCUUCAUUGCUGAUAAGACGGACGAGAAGUUCCAUCGACGGGCCUCGGUCAAGAUGGGGGUUCGGGUCAUCUACCGCACGGACGUCUUUCAGCAUUCGAGCACGGAGCACUUUGCCACCUGCUCUGGGUGCCAUCAUCAGGCCGGAGCCAAGACGUCGCCACCGGCCGCACCAUCCAGCGCCACGCUGCCGGUGAACAGGGAGACCAGCGAGCAGCAGACCCAAACACCGACCCAUUCCCUGGGCUCCGGUACGAAGGCGAAGGGCAAAUCCGAACGGGGUGACUCGUUCCCAAAGUUGCGCCUGUCGCCGAAAGCAUUCCGGUUCAGCGGCCGCUUUGGCCGCAGCAAGAGCGAGAUCGAGAAAUGCCCACCGGACUCGUUCCACAACUACAGCAAGUCCUUCCAGGAGCAUCACUGCGACUGCAUGUUGGCGCCAUUUAGCGGUGCAGGCGUAUCCGGGGGCAUUGGCAGCAUCACCCUCGGCCCCGACGGCGGACCCCAGGGCUCGGUGGACAAGCCGUUUUUGCUGCAUGACGGCCGCGUCGGACUAAAGGCCAGCCUGGACAAGGGCUGGUACACCCAUGGCGAGGAUGUCAAUGUGACCAUUGAGAUACGCAACGACAGCCGCAAGACGGUCCGAAAAGUGAGGGUGUGCGCCAUUCAGCAUGUGGACGUCUGUAUGUUCAACAAUGGGAAGUUUAAGAACGUUGUAGCUGACUCGGAGCAAAUCUCGCCGCCGGUGGACCGUACCGUAAGCCCGGGUGCCACGGUCAAUUCGGUGGUGGUGUUGCGGCCCCAGCGCGGCCAAACGAAGAACUGGAUCGCGCUGGAGGACUCGCUGCAGCGAAGUACCGAGCCGGACGAGAUCACUGGGGAGAUCGCCGCCUCGGCAAUACGUCCUCCCCACUAUAUUGUGCCGAAUGUGCAACAGUCCGGGCAACAGUCGCUGCCCAGUCCGGCCAUGGCCAUGCCCAGUGCCGAUAUGCCACCACAGCAGGGAAACGCCACCACCACGUCGACGGAGGAUCGGAACAUCUUCGCCAUCUAUGUGUCUUACUACAUCAAGGUAAAGCUCACUCUGAGCAGCAUGGGUGGCGAAUUGUCGUUAAAGCUCCCCUUCGUACUGGUGCACGUGGAUGAGACCAGGCGCCCGGGCUUCGCAUCGGCCACCCUCGGCGAGCUACGCAUCGAGAUGGAAAAGCUGGCGCUCCACGACGCACCCACCGGGCGACGUGCCAACCGCCGGGAUCCCCCCAUGGGGGCUGAAAGCGGGGAUGGGCCAUCCACCAGUGCCGCUGCUGCGGCCGCCCAAUCCACCGCGUCCGGCGGAGGUGGAGGCGGUGGCGCCAGCUCGUCUGGAGGUCACCUCGACCGCAUCGAGUCAGCGGACGAUGAGUUCCAUAUACACAUCCCCAUUCCAGCAGCUGCCGGGCAAAAGAACGCCCCACAAAAGCGGCGACUGCAGCGCAGCGAGACACUGGCCAGAGAUCUCGAGGAGAGCGACGAACACCUGACCGAGCCGCAUGACGACCGGGCGGAGCACAUUGUCCAGAUUCACCUCUCGCAGGAGCCCACCAAGGUGGAGCGAUCCCAGCAAACCGACGACGAGCAGCAGCAGGAGCAGAAGUCCGAGCUGGAGCGCGCUCAAGCACCAGGCGCCGAGACUGGGGCCGUGCCCAAGUCUACAGAUGUCUGAUUCUGAUUGUGGUCCCAGAUGUUUGCCAAGCGCAAGAGAAAGCC